AUGUAUGGAGGUGUCUGCAAAAUGUUUGAAGAACAUUUAAAGAGAAUGAACCCAAACAGUCCGUCUAUCACAUAUGACAUAAGCCAACUCUUUGACUUCAUCGAUGACCUUGCUGACCUCAGCUGCCUUGUAUACCGAGCAGACACACAGACUUACCAACCUUAUAACAAGGAUUGGCUCAAGGAGAAGAUCUACAUCCUGCUUCGCCGACAAGCCCAGCAGGCAGGAAAGUAACUGCUGUCCUGGAUCAGCAGAUCAGUGCUCUACAAGGAGAAUGAUUGAUUGCACCAGUUUUUUUUUUAGCUCACAGAUGUUCCUCUUCAGAUCUUUGGAGCACUUGAGUGUGCUGCUUGUAGAUCUCAGUAUUUUUGUAGAAAUAAUUGAUUCCCACCCCACCUCACCCCAAGCCCAUUAGAAAGCUUGCUCCUUUUUAUUAAAUCAUGCUUGGUGUUUUAAAACAGAAGCCACAUUGAAUGGAAUGUAAGGACCAACCUUGCCCUUACACCCAUCUUGCAUUCAGACACUGAUCGGGAACAAACCUGACUGCUUUUGUUAUGCAUAAUACUGUCACUAGGCUCCUGUUCAAACCUAACAUUGUCUUAGAAGAGUGGUUUUGUCAACACUCUUUGCAACCUGUACAUUUUAUAGAGCAGUGAGGACCGAACAGACUCUCUCAGAAGAAAAGCUUUUUUGGGUUAAACGCUUUUCUAGAAAGUUAAUCUUCUUGUCUGAUGUGUUGUUUCUACAGAGCUGUUUCUGUAGGACCAAAGUUCUGGUUACCCAUAGGUUUUUUUUGCUUCAGGUUAUGGUUUUGCAGAUUAAAUUUUUGUUUUAAUAUGAAAA